AUGGUCAUCCUCAAAAUCCAGAGCAUGACAAAACCGGAAGAUAUGAAAUUAGAAGUUGAUCAAAUCAUAAAUCAACAUAUAAUCACAUCUCAAAGGACCAUUGGUGCUGUUAUUAUCAAUGAUUAUCAAGCUCUACGUGAGUAUCUUCAAGAAAAGGAUAUUUCUAAUUGCGUUGUUAAGUGCCCCAUAACCGCUCUUCACUAUGCUGCUGGGCUACCUCGCGUAUAUUGCCUUCUACUGAUGUUAGACAGCGGUGCUGACAUGUUAGUGAAAGACAAAUUUGAUCGGACACCCCUAGAUUAUGCCGCAUACUUCGGGCAUGAGAAAAUUGUUAAUCACUUUCUUAGACGAUAUCUAAGUUUGCGAACAGUAACUACGGACCCACUAAACCAGGCGAUUGCUUACGCCGCUUACAUGGGUCAUGUUAAUUUGGUCAAGGUAAUCUUGGAGAAGGUUGAACGAUUGAAUUCCAAUGUUUGUUGGAAUAAUAAAGGUAUAGCGGAAGUAAUUUUAGCCGGUAGGGUUGAUGAUAUGAAGCAUCUAAUUAAAAAAUCGAAUCCCCAAUGCAUAAAAGUUACCAAGGAGCAUCGAUCACUUGUCAAAUUAGAAGGAAUACGACCUUUUGUAGCUCUUGCUGUUGCCAACAGAGAUGAAAAUAUGCUGACGGAACUCCUGAAACUGGUCAAUUUUAGAGCCAAGAGGUCUCAAACUACUGACGAGGUAUUUGCCCUAUCACUUGGUCUGCAUCCAUCUCGUGUAAAAGUUACUCUUUCGUUUUGA